AGAAGCCAGUGAACUCACUGGCUGUAUCUACAGCAACCAGCACGACGCGGACCGGAGGUGCAGACAGAGGAGAGGGUCUCUGCGGCCUGUGGACGAGCUCAGAGAAGAUGCCCGGAAGCUACCAGGGCGGUUCAAUCAGACCACUCCCCAGGAGCCAACGCAACCGAGCCCCCAGCCCAGGCGGACCCCGCAGCUCCAAGAACCCGGGCCACCUCAUCAGCCUCGACCUUGGGGCCUACCCUCCAGGCCCCACCCUCUCGGACUCCCCUCUGCCCACCCUCGGCCCACCCCGCAGGAGGGGCUCUGGCUCGACCGGCCCAUCCAUCCCAGCGCCCUGCCUGCACCACUCGGUCCACCCGUCUCACCUGAGCUGCACCAUCGGAGCUCAUUCCGGGGGUGGCCCCGGCCGCGGCAGCUUUCUGACCCGUCCGACCAGCACCGGCCCACGGAGCCGGAGGCCCAGCAACGACACCGAGUCUCCGGAGAGCCCAAACCUCCGUGGCCGGCUUCCCAGGACGAGCUACAGGGGCUCCCACCCCACCCCCGAUGCCAGCCACCCCAACGUCCUCAGCUGGCCAGGGAGCACUACCUGCGUCGUCGGAGCUCAGGGCCAUGCCGCCCACCUGGAUCGUCCAAAAUGCACCAAGUCCCUGGCCCGCCCCGCCGCCACAGAGCCUUUGGUGGCCCGCCAGACCAGGCGUCCCCCAAAGCACCAAAGGGACUUCUGGACAGUGGAGGGCAGGUUGGAGGGUGGAACCCCUAACCCGCUACAGUGCUUGCCCAAAUUUCUGGCCAUGGCCCGGACGAUUUGGUCCCCACCGGUCCUGGAACCAGCCAACUCCGUGUGGUGGUGAUGGGCUACUGGCCCCCCUGCUACGACGCUGCAAAAUAAAGUGCUUGCAGCAGA